UAGCUAAACCGAACAUUAGCAUAUUUCUGUACAAGAUUAGACAAUUAUUUUAAAUGAUCUUUUAACAUAUUCCUGAAAAGGCUCAGUUCUGAACUUCGUCAUACCAUUUGUACAACCAAACUAUGGUGCAAAUCAACAAUUACUUUAAUCACAUAUUUGCAAGGCUGUUAUGGUUCUGUAGCAUAUGCUCACUCUAAGUUGGUUACGACUUUAAAAUGAAAAGCACAGCCACCUAAGUGUGCCCACACACUACAGUUUGCAACCGCAAACCCACUAAAUUGAGGAGAGAAGGAAGUAGAAAAAAAAAAGUGUGAAAAAAGUUAAGAAAAUAUUCAUGUUUAUGUUACAUUCAAAAGUAGCUAAUAUGUUAUUCAAUGAAAAUUUGGUGCAAUUGGACCCAAUGAACUGAGUCCAAUUGCACUUCGGAAAUUAAAUUUGCUGUAUUCCUGCUUAAUUUCCAGUCCAGUCUUCAAAGCGCAAUUUAUUCAUUCCCAUCCAUCAAUCGUUCAGUCUAGUGUGCAAGUGCCCUUAAAUGUUCUUUAUCUACGCCGCAUAUUGUUUUUUUCAGGAAAAACAGUUUGGCACUCAAUAAUGACAUCGUUUUACCCUUGAGUGAAUGCUUCAUUUCAGUGUGUACGUUACGUUAAAAAGGGCCAUUUAAUAUGCAGUUAAAUAAGGACUGAGGGUUCUCAUCCUCCUCUGCUAAUGAAUACUCUAUAUCAGGCCUCAAGAACCACCAGAGAACAAAAAAUUUAACUCCGCUCCCUAUAUCUCAUUAAAAGUAGUGAGUCAGUCAUUUUGACAUGUGGCACCUUCCACAUACCCACAGAAGUGCGUCAGCUGUCAGUUAAGAUAAGUAUGGAGCUGAACAACACCCUAUUCUGAAACUCAAACAAAUGAAAGUGAUCGCUCUUAGUGCGUGCUGGAACAACGUUGUUAUUAGUGACAGAUGAAAUUUCCCAAGAAAAUUGCUAGGGGAAAAGUGAAGAAUAUUCAUUAAAAACAGGGUGUCUGGCCAAUGUGUGCUUGCUGCUUGUAAGACAAAACUGCUGCUACUGGAUUAGGUCAGCAAGUUGAACUUGAGAACUGGAUCAAAGAUUCAUGAACAAAACAUUCAAACUUGUUUUGUGAAAAGAAUAAAUGAAAUAUAAAAAAAUGUCACUCAAAACAAUUAUCGUUGACAGAUCAAAUUUAUGUGCAAUGCUGUUGCAUGUUUUCCAGAAGAUCAGUAGCGCACAAGUCAUAUGGGCCAUUUUUUUUAUUUUUUGGGUGUUAUUGCCUCCUUUUUUGAAGUUUGAAUGCUUCAGUCAACCUUGUGAUUUCACGAUCAGCAGUGUCUUCAAAUUUAUCCUUUUGUACUCUUCGGAAUACAGUCACAUAGGUUUGGAACAACGGUGUGAGUAAAUGACUAGACUUUUGCUUUUUGUGUGAACUAUCCCUUUAAAAUAACUGCAUAAGCUUUUAAUCUGGGCUGGAACAUUCUAAUAGACAUAGAGAGGUUUAAUGAAGGUCAUUAGUUUGCAAACAAUAGCCAUUACAAGAGUGCUGGAGCAGGAGGCAGAAGGGAUGACACUCUCUCCAUCCCUUCGGAGUGGAUUGUCUUGAGCUCAGCCAAUCCAUCACAGGGAAAAACAACCAAGACAAAUAUCAUUAACCAUCCACUGGCCCUCAAAUAUUAUAUUACAGACAGUUAAAAUAGAGUGGGGGGAUUGUGGAAAGGAAAUAGAGGCCUGGAGCAGAGAACAGAAAACUAGAACAGAUAUGAAAUGAUGAUGAGAGAGGAUGAAACAGAAGGAAAGACGAGAUGAUAACACAGUGAAAUGAUACAUAAACCUCUAAAUCUUGUUGCAUGUGUUUACUAACAGCUGCUCACAGUUGGACAAUAUGAUGUGAAUGAUAGCGGACAGAGAGCUCAGGUUACUGUGGCGGCUGUAAUCUCUUUUAGAAUUAAUUCCUGGAAAUUGAAAUGAAAUUGAAAGUAAGUGUCUGGUCACCCCUCCUCACUCAAGGUCACAAGUGUUAGCCGAAAUGACAGCAUUUCCACCUGCCUUAGGCUGAUUGAUUCAGAGCAUGAGAGAAAAAAUCUGAAGGUUUGGUCAACAAGGGUGGAUAGAGCAUGUGUUUUAGAGUGUCCACUUCCUAUGGAGAUAUCUAUCUAUCUAUCUAUCUAUCGAUCGUAGUUUCACAAACAAAUCAGGUGCAAUAUUAUUGUGUGCUUAAACUGCAUGCAUGCAUGCAUGUAUAUGUAUAUAUAUAUGUUACAUUCAAAUGUUUCUCUAGAGCACUGCCUGAUUUAUGGAAAUCAACCAAUGAAAUCAGGUCAUACUUAGCGGAAUGCCACAUUAUUAAUAAAUUAUAUAUAAAAAGUUUGCAAACUUUUCCCAACUUCUAUACAAAUGCUCUGAAAGACUAGUGUACAGUAAUUGCAAAUAUCGCUGGGUUGGUAUUGGUCCUCUCCAGUGAAUUGGACGAGGGAAGCAGGCUGACCUACAUGCAGCAGACCCUAUAUCCCAGAUAGACUGGCAAACCCUGAGGCUGCCAUCCUGCCCUCGCUUGCCCACUUACUGACAAGACCCAACCCGCCAAACUGGGUCGCUGGUGCCGAUACAGAGCAGACCUCUCCCUGCGUCCUUCAGCCUGAGGCGGGUUGAGCUGGCAAGCUGGGCCCUCUCCGCCAGCAUACGAUCAUUCCAGAAGGCCUGGGGUUUGAAGGGGUGGGGGUUGGGUGUCCCCACUAUACGCAUGGUGUUCUGGGUCAGCGUCACAGCGAGAGAGUGGAAUGGCCCAAAUGAUGGUGGAGGCCUGCCAAUGGCCACCCGCAGUUACACACUCAGAGGUUUGUAGUCCAUGGACACAAAAAAAUAAAAAUACAUUACACACUCAAGCACACAUAGGUCAUAAUUCACUAGAGGGUUAGCCCAUGGGUCAUAUGUACAUAUGCAUUUAAAUAAUGUCUCCAGACACUUGACGCUUUAUGCAACCGGGUCACAAAUCCCUAAAUGUGUCCUAUUUCGCUACCACAAGCUAUGGGUGUCAUUCACAAAGACAUUCACAAUCUCACACUCACUGUCACACAUACACAGUGGUGUGUCAAAAUGCCAGGCUUUGGUUGCCCAGGGUGCUGUGCUGUUUAGCACUGCUGUUCAAUUCUAUGACAUCUGCUGUUACAAGCGUGAGAUGCAAGAACCUCUUUAAAGUACCUUUCACCUGCUGGCUAUCACUGGGCGAAAGCCAACAUGCCCAAGGUUUGAGAGAAUGAUUACAGGGCCAUGCUUUAAAAGAGCACUGCUAAGCAGCUCUGUUUGUAGAGGAAAUGGUUUAAAAUGGUGAGCCCUAUUCUCUUCGAGCAGGGACCAUCUUAGCUCCCACUGCAUGACAGGGGAGAUAUUUUAAUCUUGGAAGGGAGGAUAAAAGAGAGAGAGAGAGAGAGAGAGAGAGAAAGUGAGAAAGUGUCCUCUCACACCACAGGCCCAGCUUUGCACAGUACAGAGACUCCCUCUACCGCAUCCAGAGGAGGCUUAAUCCAUCUGAAGAGAGCAAUAGCCUUUGGCAGCACACACGCUGAGCUGUCCAGUGCCCCUCCCAUGAUUCCCCGUGGGCUAAGCACACCGGUCAAACUGUAUCGGCACGCGCUCACACGAGGUUCAGUCAACAGAGAAGUCUCACUGACCAAGUGUUGGGUCAGACCACACAAAUCACUCCACCUCAUCACAACUCGAGGGGAGGGGGGUCCCAGCUGGGAAUGUGGAAGACAAAGUAAAAUCAUUCAUCAAUCGGACGGUGCUUAUCUUAGAAACGGAAGCAAUCGGGUGAAAAAUCGCAGUGGUUCACUUGCAGACUGCAGACAACUCUAAACAAAUCUACAAAAUACCAGAACCUUGAAGAGAGAGGGGAAAAGACGGAGAGAGGAGGGUGAGAGAGAAAGAAAAAGCGAGAGUGAGAGAGAGAGAGAGAGAGAGAGCAUGAGCAGGAGAAGCGAGAGAGAGAGACAGAGAGAGGGAGAGAGAGGGAGAGAGAGAGAGAGGAGGGGGCGGACACGGAUGAGCUAACGUACUAAAACCAAUGCAUCAAACCAAUGCACUGCUUGGAGUGUGAUGCGUCAGCAGUACAUUCACGUUUUCAUUGAAGGACAAAAAGAAGAGCAGGCAUGCAAGCCUGCAUCCCAGGUGCCUGCUACUGCACCACAGAACAUAGCAAAAAAACACAACGGCAGAAAGGUGGACUAACCCGGGGCCAGAGAGGUUAAAAAUAAGGACAGAAAGGAGGGAGCAAGGCAAGAUGUUGCCAUGGGGAGCCACUUUUCCCUAGCCUCAGCGCUCAUCCACCAGCUCGAGCCGGACAGCUGUGCCGCUGACAAAGCUGAGAGCUCCAACUCUGCACUGAGCUCAGGGCACUGCAGCGCUAUACGGAUACUUCUCUGAUCGACACAACGUCACAGAGAGGGGGGAGAAACGCUCUCUCUUUUUUCUCUCAUUCCAGGGAGAGAGCACGCUCGAAAGCAGGAGAGAGCGAAGGAGAACGAGGCAGAGAGAGAGCGAUCUCUCUACAGUGAACGAGCCUUCUUACAGAGCUGCCGCUGCACUGGUACCCCCCUUUACACCUUCCCUGGACUCUCGUCGUCAACUUCUUACAGAAAAAUUGAAGGAUUAUUGGGAAGUGUGUAGAAAGAACCCUGCAGCCGUCGCUGCGUGCAAGCGCGAGUGCACGGAGAUGGAACGCGGAGCUACUUAAGAAAAGAAAUGCGCUAAUGACCGCAGUGUCACAGUCUUUUCAGCUGGACAAGGUGCUGACAAGUCGAGCGGACCAAACGUACUGAGAGGGAGGGAGACGGACAAAGUAAACAUGUGUGAGCGGUCCUCUAUGGAGACACGGGCAUUUAGUAGCAGCAUCAAGCGGAGGUAUCCAAGGACAAGCAUCUGUGGAUAGUGUGAGAGCAAGCGCUUCUAUAGGAGCCAAACUGGAUUGGUACUUUUGCCUAAAGCUCUGAGGCCCUGCAGAGCUGCUACACGUCUCCUCGGAUGCUCCUCUGUGGAUUUAUUAGGGGCCAUUUUGGCAUUCAUCUCUUGUUUUCUGACAAAUGAAAAAAAGAGAAGGCGUUGCUUAUCCUGGGAAUAUAGGAAUUUGAGGGAAAAAAUCUAUUUUGUGAUUGCAAAAAUUGGACCUGUAAAACCUUUGAGGUAGGUGUUGAGCCUUUCCAACCCUUUUUUAUACAUAAAAUAUAUUCCCUCAUUUUAUUUGAUUCAUUAUUCCUUGGCUUUUCACUUCUCCCUUUUUACUCAAGUACUUGUCAUUGAACGCUUAGCCUCCAGUUCAGUAAAUGGAAAAACAAUCUAGAGUGUUGUUUAACCCAGGGUAGGGCUUCAUUAGUCAGAGGUGAACCCCUCCCCUUCCCCCUGCUUACUACCCCCCUCUCCCCAACCACCAUCAUCACCCCACAACCCCCCCCCCCCAGACGAUGCUGAAUUAUGAAUGUGCCACAUCAUGAGUCUCCUGGGGCGGGUAGCUGUGCGUCGAGCCAGGAAAGCCGCCCUGCUCUGUGUCCUGUUCCUCAUGGUUCAAGUGUGCGUGGAGGUGGCGGCUGCAGCAGGGCCCCAGGGCUGCCCGACUGAUUGCUCCUGCAACAACCAGCUAAGCAAGGUGGUGUGCACCAGGCGUGGGCUCACUCGCGUGCCACCAGGUAUACCCAGCAACACCCGGCACCUAAACCUGAUGGAGAACGCCAUCGAGGCUGUGCAGGCCGACUCUUUCCGCAACCUCCAUCACCUGGAGGUACUGCAGCUGGGCCGCAAUGCCAUUAGACAGAUUGAAGUGGGUGCCUUCAGUGGACUGACCAAUCUCAACACACUGGAACUAUUUGAUAACAGGUUGACAGUGGUGCCAAGUGGGGCAUUUGAGUAUCUGUCCAAGCUGCGAGAGCUGUGGCUGAGAAAUAACCCCAUUGAAAGCAUCCCUUCAUAUGCAUUUAACCGAGUACCAUCACUAAUGAGAUUGGAUCUGGGUGAACUGAGGAAACUGGAGUAUAUCUCAGACGGGGCCUUUGAAGGUCUAGUCAACCUCAAGUACCUCAACCUGGGGAUGUGCAACAUUCGAGGGGAGAUGCCCAACCUGACGCCUCUGGUUGGGCUAGAGGAGCUGGAAAUCUCAGAGAACCUCUUUCCUGAGAUUAAACCAGGUUCAUUCAGAGGACUAUCUUCCCUCAAAAAAUUAUGGAUCAUGAACUCUCAAAUAGGGCUAAUUGAACGAAAUGCAUUCGAUGACCUGGCCUCUUUGGUGGAGCUGAAUUUGGCCCACAACAAUCUAAGCUCACUGCCCCAUGACCUCUUUACACCACUGAAAUUCCUGGUGGAACUUCACCUCCACCACAACCCCUGGAACUGCGGCUGCGACUCACUCUGGCUAGCACGCUGGCUACGCGAGUACAUACCCACCAACUCGACAUGCUGUGGGCGUUGUCACUCCCCUGCACACAUGAGAGGCCGCCAGUUGGUUGAGCUGGACCGGGGUGAUACCGGGGCAAUGCAGUGCUCCGCCCCUUUUAUCGCAGAUGCCCCAAGAGACCUGAAUAUUUCUGCUGAACGUGUGGCAGAACUGCGAUGUCGAACAGCGGCCAUGUCUGCUGUGCGAUGGCUCCUACCGAAUGGGACGGUUCUAACUCAUGCAUCAAGCCACCCACGGAUAACUGUGCUGAACGAUGGGACUUUGAACUUUUCGAACGUGCUAGCAGGUGACACGGGCAUGUAUACCUGUAUGGUGUCCAACGCGGCCGGAAAUUCCAACGCUUCGGCCUAUCUAAACGUAAGUGCGGCUGAGCUCAAUACGUCCAACCUCAGCUAUUUCACCACAGUCACAGUGGAGGUGCUGAGCCCCAGAUCUGAAAUGCCCAAGCCCAAAACCACCACGACUACAGCAGGUGCCAGCACCACUACCACGGCCUCGCCAUCCGUCUUUCAGCCAGUUUUCAUCUCUACACCAACAGUACUGCUCCAGAGCACCGACAAUCCACCAAGUCGCCCAUCUGUUGUACCUGGCUCAAAAGCGACGACAGGAAAGCCGCCCAACCCAGCCAGUACCAGUCUGGAUGAGGUGAUGAAGACAACAAAGAUCAUUAUCGGUUGUUUCGUGGCAGUAACCUUGCUAGCAGCAAUCAUGCUAAUUGUAUUUUAUAAACUACGAAAGCGGCAUCAGCAGCGGAGCAAUGGUGCUGCAGCCAGAACUGUGGAGAUUAUUCCGGUAGAGGAAGAAUUGCCACCAUCGGCAUCUGCUGCCAAUAUAGCAGGGGAGGGGGCACUGACUCUACCAGAGAUAAGGGAUCGUAACUGUAUUUACAAACUGGACUACAACACCCGCAAAUCUGACUACGGCUACAAACCAAAACUAGAAUACAGUACCCAUAAACCCAAGGACGAUUUCGGCAUCCACAAACCUAAGUCAGACUUCAACACCUACAAAGCUAAAACAGACUAUAUGUACCAACCUACUUUGGAAUACAGCUCUCAAUAUUCACACAAGUCAUUGCCGGAUUAUCACAUAAACAAAAAAGCUGAGCAGAGCCCCUACAAACAUGGAUUUAGUACUCACAAACCUGACUUCAAAUCUCAUACUCCUAAACCAGACUUCAGCCCAUUCAAACCAGAGUACGGUGUUCCAAAAUCCAAAACGGACUACAGUAUGCCCAAGCUCAAAUCCGAUUACAGCCCCUUCAAGACAGACAGCAGCCUUUUCAAACCUGACUACGGUGCGUUCAAGGCAGAGUACAGCCCCCUCAAAGCAGAAUAUGUCAGUUGUGACUUCAGCCCUCACAAAUGCAAAAUGGAUUACAGUCCUCACAAGGUGGACUACAGCUCGCAUAAGAUUGACUACAGCGCCAUGAAGCCCAAAUUCAACACAUACAAGCCACCGGGCCAUGGUGCCAAAUGGACAGAAAGCAACAGCAUUGGAAAUUCUUUGCCUCGAACCUUGCCCAGUGCUCUCACAGCUGCUCCUGAGGCCCUGGUUAUAAAAACUCACACCAAGGAGAAAGUACAAGAGACUCAGAUAUAGUCUGGCCCACAACAAAUCAGAACCUCAGUCAAAACAAUCCUCUCUCCCCCUAUAGGCCCAACCCCAUCUGAGCAUAAAAACAUGCAAUAGAAUGCACAAAAGAGGAGAAAAAAAAAAGACAGGAACUACUUUUUUUGUACAGAGUGCAAUUCUUAAAGACUGAUUCUUGUUGUACAUGCUUAUAAAUAAAUAUAUAUGGAAAAACUGAAACUACCAUGGGCUGGUAAUAGAAAAGCAGAUUAUAUAAAAAAAAUAAAUAAAUUGAAACUAUUUUUUAACUUAUAACUCCUAUUUAAAAGAUGAGUUGUUUUAAGAUGAUGUACUGAAUUUAAGAUAUGAGGGUAGUCUUGUUUAAAAGGGCAUUCUGUGUGAUUUCUAAACAACGCUACAGAGAAUGCAGUGAAAAAUAUAAAAAAGAAGAAAAAAAAACAUUUAUACUGAGAAGUCUUUCUUUUAAAAAAACAACAGUAAAAGGUCAGUGUUGAUCUUUGCAGGUUUAUCUUGUAAAAGCACCAUGAAUUUGUACUGUGCCAAAUGUUACAAAUGCAAUAAAAGGAUUUUUGGAAGAAAAGAAAAAAGAAGAACCAUUUAGAUUUUUUUUCUCUCUUGAUGUACUGUUGCGAUCAGCCAAAUGCUUUAGACACUGCAGUAGGGCUCACUGCAGUUCUGAUUUAACCCUCGGAGUGCUGGGUUCCGCUUAAGUCUAAAAGGCUAGGCAGAGGCUGCUUUUCUCCCUUUUUCUUUUGACUUUGUAUGCUUUUCAGUGCUGCAGCGGCUUAACUGAGCUUUUAUAAUUUAUUGGUGAACUGCUAUUUUACAUCACAAGAGAAGGCUUGUUAAAAAAAAAUGACAUUUCACUAUAUUAUUUCCAAAGUUCUGCUAUUAGCGUCAGGUAAACAUGACAGUGAGGUUGUUGCAUGUUGUUAUUUGGACAAUUGCUGCCUGCAGAAGGUUUCAAAAUGCAUUAAAAAGACAAGUGGUCUGCACAAAAAAGCUGGCCUGCCUUUGCUUUUAGCACUUUAGAACGGUCUGGUUAAAAAGGAGUGGUUGUUAAGCAAUUUGAAAAACAUUCGGUGUGAAGCAUCCAUUUCUAACCCAAAUGCUUUUACUAGAACUGAGCGAUGUGUGUAGAUAAAACAUGACGCACAUAAAAAUUGAGAUGUCUUGAUAAAACAAAGUUCAGGAUUUUUCUUUUGUUUCACCAGCAAUUUCCUCUGCACAUUGCAAGCCAAUGCAUUAGACAUUGACAUCACACGGACGGGAAGUGAGUUGUCAUAAAUCAAACAGAUUCUGUAUGCUCAUAAGAGGUGCGUCAUGACAUAUCGCACAGGCUCAUAAGCUUUGACUGUGACGUGUACGUUAUUGUGCUCCUCUCAUUCAGCAAGGCUUGUUUAAGUGUCAGCAAGUGCUUUUUACCUUGGCUAAUUGAAAUGCAAGAAUAAGAAAUAGUGAACAAUAGAAAAAAAUUAGGUCAUAAAUUGAUGGCAUAUUAGAAGGUAAUAAAAUAUAAUACAUGUUUGCAUUGCAGGGCAUAUUGGCUGAGUGCAUACAGGCUGUCUAGGAGAUUAAAGCUGAUUACAUGAUAAUUGAUCCAGCUCACACAGACACACACCCUUCACAUAAAGUUGGGACAUCUGGCCACAGUGAGACCCAGUACCCACUGUACGCCUAGACAAACAUGCAAGCACGCACACACACAAAAAACAAAAAUGAAUCUGGCUUUAGGCUGUGCAGCGCCCCAGUUAAGACCAGUCUCACACUGUUUGUAUCUGCGCUUUAAAAAAAGAAAGCCAAUGGGAGCAGUAUUUCUGCAUACAGUGUCUUUAUCAGUAAUUUUGGCUGUCUGUCAAAGUAGUGUAGGGUACAUUCGCACCACAGACCUCGAUUCAACGGUAGUUUGGGGAAUUGUGGUUACCUACAGAUCUGUAAGAUAUAACUAUAUAGCCACUUUAAUUCAAACAACAACUGAUACCAAAUAUUAAAAGCAAAAACAAGAGAUGGUCACAAACAGAUCUAAACAGUGAAGUGUGUAAUUUCAAAUGAAAUCAAUGAUUUUUGAACAAGUUUAUUAUUUGCCUGUUUGACCAAGCACUGUUGGUUGAGGAGUAAACUUGAAUUGUUUCUGCACAUUUAUAAUGGGUAUGAAAAGUAUUAAAACAUAUUUUACAGCUUAUAA